AUGGGCUGCUCACCAUCCAAAGGUAACAAUUUUGGCACUCUGGGUGCCAUGAGGAAGGGGAGAAUGCUACCCCCUGCACCUCUAGAAAGCCCCAGAGAUUCUCAAUUUGAAGUUGGAGAGAAUCAUAGCUCGCCUGGAUCAACAGAUGGGGAUACAAAGGAGAAAAAGGCAGCUGGUCAAACCCAGGUAUUUCAGAAAGAGGCAAACAUGACACCACAAAAAAAGAGAUCCGUGACUGAGCAAUUGAACAUGGAAGCAGUGAACAUGGAUAAAUUAGGGAAUCAAGGAACGGACAGCGUCACAGUGUCACAGAGGAAAGAGAAAAACGUUGACAAGCAAGAUGUAGCAGAGAAAAAGUCCAUCAGAAAACCAAAGAAAAAUACAAAAGGUACAAAAGGUCCUAAAAAGAAAGACAAGGACAAAGACAAACUAUCUUCAGAGCAGAAAGUGGACUUUCCGGAGCCUCUGGUAAAUGCUCACCAAGCUGCUUAUGCCUUUUUGAACCCUAGUAUAAACAAAUAUGAUGUUCUACUUGGACUUUUGGAACAAGCAACUCAAACUCAGGUGUCUGUGCAGCCUAUGGUUGCCUUUAUGGCUCUACGCUACGAGGGAAUAAUUCAGGGACUUGAAGAGAUGGCAGAUGAAGGAGAAAAAGUUUUAAAAGAAAAUGGAGAGCAUCUUGCCUGGCCAAGCCAAAUGAAAAACCUCUCAUCCUCUGCGCCUCUGAAGUCUGGCUCUGCUAAUAUUGAGCCCCCACCGGAUUUGUUACAGCAGCUGCUUCAGUACACCACACAGAGAAUGCGAAAUGUGAGCCAGACUGUUGGUGGAAUUGGGGACUCUGCUCUGGAGGAGGCAGUGGAGUACUUUGCCUCAGUCUCAGAGCUUUUAGAGGAGAAACUGAAAGUCAAACGUGCAGUAGAGACUAGGUUAAUGCGACUCCUAGCUCGCAUUGAAAUGGCCUCUUUGCGCAAGCCUGGGCCAGAGGAUUCUGCCCUCUUUAGUGAGGACAGUGGAAUUGGAGCUGAGAGUGAAUCCCUUGCUGGAUCUGAGAGACGCCAUAGACGAGAAAGUUGUGAGUCUACUGGGACAAACAGAACUACUCCUGUCAGUCCUAUGGGAUACACUUCCAUGAACAUUAGACGGGGAGGCUCAAGGCAAAAGCUUUUGAGUCAAAUAAGUCCAAGUGUUUCCCUCACCUCACUAAACUCACUGGGUUCUACGUGUACCAUCAUGGCUAAUGACCAAAGAGAUUCAUUGCUUGGAUCAGUCUCCUUAGAUGAUGGGGAGGAUGAUGAUGAUGAUGAGGAGGAGACAGACAGAGGUGUGGGAGCUGUGCAAGUAGCAUUCAGAAAGCGAUCAAAUUCUUCACCUGUAGACCGUCAACAACAACAUCCACGCCGCCAACCCUCAAAGCGCAUAGAGACUCCUCAAAAUGCGGAAAUGACUCUUAAACUAAAAAAUGCUAUUAGUGGUAGGAUACAGUUUGUUCCCUCACAAAACUCUAGUGCCAAAACAAAAGUAGCAGGCAGCCCAAAAACUAAUAGACGAGACUGGACGGAUGGAGCGGUACAAUCUCCAAGAAGGCCUCAAACAGCAGCACCUGUUCGGAAGGCAGUGGUGAAAAAGACCCCAGUGACAAGAGAGCAACGUUCCCGGUCAGCUGAAUCCUUGCGGAGCAAAGGGGAAGAUCCUACUUUGCUUGAACUAGAAAGGACACAGAAGGAUUUAAACCAGAGGUUGCAGAAGAUGGGUAAAAACAAAGUUGGAGGAAACACGAGAACUGCUCAGUUUAAACAAAAUCAAGGACCCUCUCCAGCACAAUCUCCAGCAAGAAUUCGCAAGCAUCCCUCAUUAGGUAAGGACAGCAAUCCCCAAGCACUGAAAGACAAAGCAGGCCUGACAAAGUGCAACAGUGAAAAACAGCAGAUGACGAGUGAUGCGGAAGAAGAAAAACUAAAAGACAAGAAAGCAUCCAAUGAUCUUAUUAAAGCUACCCCACCACCUAGCCCUCCUGCAUCACCCCGACCAUCUUCUGGCCUCUACAGGGGAAGGAAUUCUGUCAAAAAACUGAUUGAUACCUUCAGCCAAGGAAUAGAGGAGCUUGACGGUCCUAAAGUUUUGGGACCUCUCAAAGGUGUACGAAAGUGUGGUGUUCCAGUUUUACCUGGUUUAGGAAAUGUAGAGGCUGUGCUUAGUGCAGGGUUAACCAGCUGCAGGCCCGAAUCCAUUUCAUCGGAGAAAACAGAGUAUUUUGAUCUGGACAGUCUUCCUCCACCUCCACCGGAAGUGUUAAUGGACAAUUCUUUUGAAAGUGCCCAGAGUGUUUCAACUGGUUCAACAGUAGAUGGGGCUACAAAAGGAAGGUCUCCUGUAUUAAAAAGGGCUGCAAUAUCACAACGUUUGAGGGCCUCAGUUCAGUCAGUGACAGUGUUGCCAAGCAAAGGGGGAUUGCCACAGGCUUCUAAGGUUGUUUCCUUUGCUAGAGUGGACCAACAAGAUACAUCUGAUCUAUCAAAGGUCAGCCGACCAGAUGUUAAGACAGAGACAGACCCAAUAAUUGAAAAGAAUGCCUUAUGCCAACAACCUGGAAACCUAAGAAACUCUUCAGGCUCUCAGUUAGAGCGAUCAUCAACAAGUCACAUGGCAACAUCUGUCAAUCAAGGAGAAUCAACUGACAUGCAAGAUGGUGUCAACCUUUCAGUGCCUGGGCCUACCAAUACAGUGUAUACAGUGCCUCCUUCCACAGCAGUCACCAGCCAACCAUCUGCCACCCCACCUGUGUCUAGAGGGCGAAUGUUACCUUCCACACCUUCAACACCAAACAACUUACAUCGAAGACUUCCCAGUCCCCACAGUUUCAAAAAGCCACCUACUCCACCGUCUUCUACUAGCCCCCCUGUUAACAGGAGGCUUCCAACACCACCAGCUGUUCAAAGGAGACUCCCCAGCCCACCUGUUCCAAAGCAGAACAUUUUAAAUUCAAACCCAACCACCUCGUACCCUUUCAAAGCACCGUCUCCACCAGCCUCUCCAAAACUACAACGGUGGUCAAGGGAGAACAGUACAGAAGAUGUAUCUAGUACUCGUAUGAUCAGUAAUGCUCGUUCAGUCUUCUGCCCUGCAUCUCCGUCCAUGUUUGAGGCCCAGCCUUGUUCAGUUUCCCAGCCUCAUCAAGCAUGGACCUCCUCCAGAGUCGCUUUUCUCUCUCGUACUUGGGGGGGCCGUGGAAGGUUUCCUGUAUCUGUCCAAGGGCCAAGACCCUUUGUCCGGCGCAGCCAAUCAGACCGAAGGCCAAGUCUAUGUCUACCACCACGGUCACAAGGCAUCUCAGUGGCUGAGACUUGUGGGAGUGAGCCAUCAAUAUGUUCACAGGGGCUAGAUGAUGAACCAACCAGAGACCAAGAAUUAUGGGGAAGCCAAUCGGACCUCAGAGCUUCAUCACGCUCUGCGUCACACCCGGACUUGUGCGUUGUUGGACAGGCCUUGCACAGGGACUAA